CACGAAUGAUAUCUUACAUUGCGAAAGCGAGACUGUCUUGAUCACGAAGAUUAUCAGUACUUGAAAGCGUUUCCACGGUCGGCUUGGGAUAGUGAAGAUGGGUGGCAAAAAGCUCACUGCAAAGACAAUCAAGCGCAAGAAUGCGCCAACGCACCCGAAUUCCCGUAGAGCGCAUCAGCUAGCUCGCGUUGCUCACCGAGAAGACAAACUUGCACGGCAAAAGGUGCUCCGGCGCAAGGUGACAGACUCCAGAGUCGAGCGCAUGUUUAACAUGAUCGGACUACUCGAUCCGGAAGUAACGCACCUUCCCGAUCUUCAAGAUCUGCACACAUUCAUCUCCGAUACGUACUUGUCCCUCAACCGUGAACGCCUUGCUGAGGUUCAAGCUGCAAGGCGCCCAGGGCGGCCGCCCUCAAAGGACGAACUGCUUCUGCAAAGCAUAUGCGCGAAGGAGAAGGAGCAAUACAAGAUGGGUAUGGAAGUGCCAGAUCUGACCAACCCCACAAACGUCAAGCUACUAAGAGCGUGGCAGGGCGGCUCGCAAGACCUGCCACUCUUUCGAAUCGUUCGCAUAUCAGACACAUUUCCUGAUCAGUGUGUUCUUAUUCAAGCGGGGAUACAUAAAGAGCUACAGCUAGAGGAGAAAGCACAACAGAGUGCCAACAAGGAGUUAGCCGCCGGUAACAACGCCGCCCCUGCGAUUCGAAGCAUGUCGCCUGGGAGUCCUUUCCAACGAGCAGAUGAAUUCAUGGGGAUGCACUGAACAUUCUCUGAGAGAUGGUUGUAGCAUAGCAGCUCAGAUGUGUAUCUUAUUGAUGAAAUUUUGAU